AUGGUGCGAUACGUGGUUCUUGUCUCUCUAUGCCUACCAUUUGCCACGACACAAGAUCUGACGGACGAACACUGCGAUACUUGCAGAAUAAAAAGGGCAACGAGGUCGCAAUUGGCAGAUAUCAAAGUCAGGUUAUACACAGGUGAAGAUCUCGACACGUACACAGAGGUGGUAGUCGGCGAUGCUACGGAGCUGCUCGACAAGAUGAACUUGAGCAAACCAACUGUUCUGUUCGUCCAUGGUUGGUUCGGAACUAUAGUCCGCGAACUAUACUACAACGAGGUUACCCUUGCGUACCUCGAACAAAAGACUCACAACGUCUUGUACUUCAACUGGGAAACAAUCAGUACCACCGAUUACCUCUCCGCUGGAAUGAGCGUUCCUGGUGUCGGUUACACUUUGGCAAAAGUCCUCAACGAAAUGGUGGCAGCCGGUCUGAACUCAUCCUCCCUUCACCUUGUGGGCCAUUCGUUUGGAGCCCAAGCCCUUGGAUACGUUGGGCGAUCCGUGAAUUUCACAGUGCCCAGGAUCGUGGGCUUGGACCCUGCAGGACUUUUGUUUUACACCUACAUGCCGCAUCUGAACAGCAGCGAUGCUGAUUACGUCGAAGUUAUCCACACGGGAAUGGGUUCCAUUCUGUCAAGCUCCUUACAGUUAGGAGAUGUCGACUUUUACCCCAACGGUGGAGAAUACGCGAACCAAGGCUGUACGGUUCUACCAGCGAUCUGCGGCCAUGCCAGAGCUUGUUUAUUGUAUGCUGAAUUCAUAAGAAAUAAGACUGCACUCAUCGGCCGUGCGUGCGAUUCCUAUUCGAAUUUCAAAGACGGCUCGUGCGAUUCGAAUGGCACAGUAGUGAUGGGCUACGCUACGCCCAACACCGCGAGCGGAAAGUAUUAUCUCCAAACUAACAGCUUUUCGCCUUACGGCCGAGGAGAGGAGGGUGCUACUUACGAGAGUAUCAUUGAAUCUCUGCUCGGGAACGUCGCAUCAGUAUUGUCAAUUAUAUAAUAUUACAAUAAAAAUGCUGAAAGCUCUGCAUCACAAAUAUCUACUUAAAGAUUCUACUAUCCUAUAUGUAUUUUCUUAGCACUUUAGACUGCAAAUAAACGUUAUGUAUUUGCACACUGUUAAAAA